GCUGCAAAAAGUAAGAGUAAGGGCCGAUCAGUGGUAAGUAUUGCUCUCUCUUAUGCUACAGUGAGUUGCUGUGCUUGCUCUUUGGGUUACUUUGGAUAAACUUAGCUGUGCAAAAAAAAAAAAAAAAAAUCCCAAAUCAGAACACCAGAAAAAAACACCAACACCCUGUAAACAUAAGAUAAACAUACUUUACAUGUAAAGUAAUGAGUUACCAGCCAACACAAACACCAGAUAGCCUGGCAGCUUCCUACACCCCAGCUAAACACUGGCAUGCUCACCACCCUGAUAAGAGGUCUGAAGAGCCUUUGGCCACAAAGAUACCAGCUGGGAUGGGAGGGUCCCCGGAGCUCAUCCUCACUGUCACUGAGCUGCCAGCACCUGCUGGCUCUCCUUGUGGCAUUCUUCCUCGUGAAUCUUCCUCGUGACCUAACUGCUAACAGUAUCUCUUGGCAGUCCUACAUCUGUCUGCAGCCUUGAGUUCCUUAUCUUUCAAGACUUUACUCUGCUGACUUUCCCUGAAGACUUUCCCAUAGCUUCCUCAGUAGCUGAAGCCAAGGGUGUGCAGUUGGGUGUUGCCAGUCCCGAGCCUGGGAUCCCCAGGGCAGAGGAAUGUUAUGCAGUGUUAUAAAUAAGAUGCAGCUUCUGGGUUCGUACCUCUUCUGCAGUGGAUUGAGUGCUUUCUGGACAUGGGGAUCACAACGGUUGUGUCAGUAAACGUAUGCAUGCACAUCUGUAAUGCAUGAAGGCCCAUCUAAUAGGUGCUGAAACAAACCUUCAUGAUGGUUCCCCAUUGGCUGACUCUGGAGCAGUGUUCAUGCUCCACUCCUAAUUUUUUUCCUGACAGCUUGUUCAUCCUGUGAUCUCAAACUAGGCUUCUUCUCUUCCCUGGCUUAUAGGGAGUGUGUGUAUAGCCAGUGUGGCUGCACAGAUGUUUGCAUGCUUAAUGAUCAUAUCCUGGUUUGUGCUCUCUCUUCUGUGUGACCUCCAGGCUGCUAAAAGUGGUGCCCAGGUUGGGGGUGGUCAUCUGGAGCAGCUUGUACGUUCAGCUGAGAGAGACUGGCACUUAUAAGUGACUCCUAUCUGUUUUUCAUGGAAUGGUUUGGGUUGAAAGAGACCUUAAAGCCCACCCAGUUCUAACCCCUCUGCUUGUGGGCAGGGCUGCCACCCACCAGCUCAGGCUGCCCAGCGCCCCAUCCAACCUGGCCAUGAAUGCUUCUGGGGAUGGAGCAUCCACAGCUUCUCUGGGCAGCCUGUGCCAAUGAAAAUUUGGGAUAAAUGUGGAUGGUCUUCCUCUAGAGACACCUCUUUCAGUCCAUGGAGGACAUGAGUAAUCAAGAGCAACAGAUAUGUUUAGACUUCUGGUUUCUGUUGCUCUAAAGCUGAAUGAGUCCCACCCAGUGCUCACUUUGGCUGAAGUCAGAUUCUUCGGAUGAAAAUUGUUUGCCAAACCAUAGAUAAGACAUGCACAGCAAUAGCCAAGGAGACAGCAGUUGGGGCUGCUUGGUCAUCCCCAUGGCCGAGUCAUUCUAAAGCCAGUGACACUCUCACCACUUCUACUUUAUUUUCCCUUUUAUUAUUUACAAAAUCUUAUUGCAGCACACCGGUUUUGUUACGUGCUGCACUGCUCAUUAAGGCUUUGUCCAGAGUCUACUGGUGAUGUGAGCUCUCUGAUAUACCCACUCCAGGCAGGAUUUCCCUGUGUCACCUUUCUUUCCUUUCAAAUAUGAGGUAAACUAAUUUCUAAAUCCUCACAGCAUAAAGACAAAUAAUGCCAUACUUGUCCACGCUGCUUAAAUUUCAUCAGUUUCACCUAUGAAAUGUCUUAUACCCCUCAACUAAAUCAAUCCUUUAAAUAUGCAUUGCUUUUUCUUUCCUUUGCAGACAGCUCACAUAUACACAUUUCUUUAUUCUUAAGAUCCAAAGUAAGAAACAUUUAAAUAUCUGCUUUACUUGGCUCUUGGAUGCUGUGUUCAGAUGGCUCCUGGACUCUCAUGCCCUUGUAAAACUAUAUUAUUCUAUUGUUUCUAUCUGUCAUUCUGAUGAUACCCAGAUACAAUAAAGUUUCUUAGAACUUAACCUACAGGUAAAAAUGGUUUUAAUUUCCUUAUACAGGAAAUAGUUUUGUACAUAAUUUUAAAAAUAUUAGAGCUGAAAGAUCUUUACAGUCUGGAUGGAUCACUGAAGUGAAUGGGGAUUGGUGUAGCUUUGGCUACGAGGUCCUAAGGUUUAUUAAAAAUCUAAUUCUUGCAACUUGCAGAAUUAAACCCUUAAGAAGUAAGAUAGGAAGGAUGAUGUCAACAUGCAUUUCUAGUAAUUUUAAUAGAAAUUUUAUCAUACAGAAUCAUAGAGCAUCCCAAGUUGGAAAGGCUCCAUAAGGACCGUUGAAUGCCACCCCUGGCUCUGCAUGGGACCACCCAGAAAUCAGACCAUACCAGGAGAUCAGACCAUACGCUCACCCACUAAGAAAAGCAUAUGGUCUGAAAUUUAAUUUCUAAUUCCAGUGAUUAGGGUAACUUUGCAACCGAUGGAUGGCUUUCUCCUCUGUCACAAUGGGCAAGAACUGUGUCAUAAGCUGUGCUGCAGCAGCCAUGCAGUUGCCCAUCACAACAGUUGAAGGAUCAGGAAAUCUGGCAAUUAGGGCCAUGCAAUUUUAGCUUAGGAGUUGAGUCCGUUUUAUUGGCAAGAAAUGAAGGAUUCUUUGCAAAGCAGAGAAUUUCCGAACUGCUUUGGCUACCCCUUGAGCAUCUUCUUCAUCGUCAUCAAUGAGUUCUGCGAGAGGUUCUCCUACUAUGGCAUGCGAGCUGUGCUCGUAUUGUAUUUCAAGUACUUCCUGCGGUGGGAUGACAACUUUUCUACAGCCAUCUACCACACGUUUGUUGCUCUGUGCUACUUGACGCCCAUCCUGGGAGCGCUCAUUGCAGACUCAUGGCUGGGAAAGUUUAAGACCAUUGUCUCCCUGUCCAUUGUCUAUACAAUUGGGCAGGCAGUCAUGGCUGUAAGCUCCAUAAACGACAUGACAGAUCAAAACAGAGAUGGCAAUCCUGAUAAUAUUGCGGUGCACAUUGCCCUGUCUAUGACUGGCUUGAUUCUCAUCGCGCUUGGAACUGGUGGGAUCAAACCUUGUGUCUCAGCAUUUGGUGGGGAUCAGUUUGAAGAACAUCAGGAAAAACAAAGAAGUAGAUUCUUCUCUAUCUUUUAUUUGUCCAUUAAUGCUGGAAGUCUCAUAUCCACUAUAAUCACCCCAAUUCUCAGAGCUCAAGAAUGUGGCAUUCACAGCAGACAGCAGUGCUACCCGCUGGCAUUUGGAGUUCCCGCUGCCCUCAUGGCUGUUUCAUUAGUUGUGUUCAUAGCUGGAAGUGGAAUGUACAAAAAAGUUCAACCGCAAGGCAAUAUAAUGGUUCGAGUUUGUAAAUGCAUUGGAUUUGCCAUUAAAAACAGGUUUCGGCAUCGCAGCAAAGAGUAUCCCAAAAGAGAGCACUGGCUAGACUGGGCAAGCGAGAAGUAUGAUAAACGACUGAUUGCUCAGACCAAGAUGGUGUUGAAGGUGCUUUUCCUUUACAUCCCUCUCCCGAUGUUCUGGGCACUUUUUGACCAGCAGGGAUCGAGAUGGACACUGCAAGCCACAACUAUGGAUGGGGACUUUGGAGCUAUGCAGAUUCAGCCAGACCAAAUGCAGACUGUCAAUCCAAUCCUGAUUAUAAUAAUGGUCCCAGUUGUAGAUGCUGUGAUUUAUCCUUUAAUCCAGAAAUGCAAGAUCAAUUUUACGCCCCUGAGGAGGAUCACUGUUGGCAUGUUCCUUGCUGGUCUGGCUUUCGUUGCUGCUGCUCUUUUGCAAGUGCAAAUAGAUAAAACUCUUCCAGUUUUCCCUGCAGCUGGACAGGCCCAAAUCAAAAUAAUAAAUCUAGGUGAUAGCAAUGCGAAUGUUACAUUUCUGCCUAAUCUUCAGAACGUGACUGUCCUUCCCAUGGAGUCAACAGGCUACAGGAUGUUUGAGUCUUCCCAGCUAAAAUCUGUAAUGGUAAAUUUUGGGAGUGAGAGUAGAAGUGAAAAUAUCGACUCAAUAAGCAGCAAUACGCAUACUGUCACCAUCAAGAAUGCAGCAGCCGGCAUUGUUUCUAGCUUGCGGUCUGAUAAUUUCACAUCAAAACCAGAAGAAGGAAAGAAUCUAGUCAGGUUUGUAAAUAAUUUGCCUCAGACAGUCAACAUCACUAUGGGUGACACGACUUUUGGAAUACUGGAAGAGACAAGUAUCAGUAAUUACAGUCCGUUCUCAGGAGGAAGAACAUAUGAUAUAGUGAUAACUGCAGGUUCAACUAAUUGCAAACCAACUUCAGAGAAAUUAGGAUAUGGUGGUGCUUAUACGAUCGUAAUUAAUGAGUGUUCUGGAGAUGUGACUCAAUUAAGAUACAUUGAAGAUAUCCAACCCAAUACAGUCCAUAUGGCUUGGCAGAUCCCUCAGUAUUUCAUACUUACAUGUGGAGAAGUAGUCUUCUCUGUCACUGGGCUGGAGUUUUCAUACUCACAGGCACCAUCUAAUAUGAAGUCAGUGCUGCAAGCAGGAUGGCUGCUAACAGUGGCUGUCGGUAACAUAAUUGUCCUUAUCGUGGCUGGAGCAUCCAAACUCAGUGAGCAGUGGGCAGAAUAUGUUCUCUUUGCUGCCUUGCUUUUUGCAGUUUGCAUUAUUUUUGCUGUCAUGGCAUAUUUUUAUACAUAUACUGAUCCAAAUGAGGUUGAAGCCCAACUUGAUGAAGAAGAAAAGAAGAAACAAAUAAAACAGGAUCCAGACUUGCACGGAAAAGAAUCUGAAGCUGUGUCUCAGAUGUAGAAGGUGUAUUCAAGGGCAUUUGUAAAUCAUGGUAGCCUGUUAACUGUCCCUGCAAUAACAGGAAUCAGGGUAUUGCUGACAUCACUGGGUAAUAUACCUUGUGGGAGAGACUAAGAAACACUGUUCUGACUUAACAUACAGCCUCUUGGGAAGCAAGACGAAAUGAUUAAUCUCUUGUACAGAAGAUGGCAUCCUGAGGAAACUCCUGCAGAAUUUGCACUCUUAAAAUGUACCUCAAGCUCAAUACCAUAGCAUUAAAAUAUUGAAAUUGCACUUGGCACUAUUAGACACUCUAAAAAGAUGUAUUUUUAUACUGUAUUUCAAUUUUAUAAUGUGGAGGGGUGGGGGAAAAGGUGUUGCCAAGAAAUAGUAAUUGAAGCCAAACUGUCUGCGUGACCCUUCUAGCCUCACUGUUACUUGAAAGCAGGUCACAUGUGCCUUAAAUUCUUUUCUAUGUCCUUAAGAAUAAUAGGAGAAAGGUUCUUAGAUUUCUCAGAUUAAAAUGUCUCUGCUCCACAUAGCAGGAACUUGGACAUGCACUGUGAUGUGCUUUAUGUGCCUAUUAUUAACUGCCCAUUGGUAUGUUCUUAAUUAAUUGUGUUAAUGGGAUGUCCACUGAGGUGAACAGACAAUGGCAAAUUAUAUUUUGAAUAACCACCAAGAAUAAAACUUGUGUUGUAACAAAA